GCCCAAUUAAUUCAUUGAGCUCAUUUAGGGUUUCAUCGCAUCAAUCCUUUUACAUCUUCGCAUAUGAAGAUGGUUUCUUAUUUUGCUCUUCUUUUCUUGCUCUUUGCAACAUUACAGUACUGCACUGCGUUUGGAACUCACCAGACCGAAGCCUUAUUCAAACCUAAGAGUCAGAAUUAUUCAGUUUCGGCCGUUUACACCUUCGGAGACUCGACUGUCGACCCAGGAAACAAUGACUACAUAACCACUCCUUUUAAGAGCAAUUUCCCUCCCUAUGGACAAGACUUCCCAAACCACAUACCGACCGGAAGGUUCACUAAUGGCAGACUUUCAACUGAUUUCGUAGCUUCCUUCGUGGGAAUUAAAGAGUAUGUGCCUCCAUACUUGGAUCAAAGUCUAAGCUUAGAGGAGUUGAUGACUGGUGUCAGCUUCGCCUCCGCCGGCUCAGGAUACGACCCACUUACAGCACAAAUAACUAGUGUAAUUACGAUUUCGAAGCAACUGGAAUACUUCAAAGAGUACAAAAUAAUGUUGGAAAAUGCAAUUGGGAAGGAGAAAACCGAAUACCACAUCCAGAAGUCAGCAGUGCUUAUCAGUGCUGGAACUAAUGACUUCGUCCUUAAUUACUUCCUCGUCCCGAUUCGACGACGACAAUACAGCAUUGAGGAUUAUCAGCAGUUCUUGCUGCAAAAUCUCCGGCAGCUCAUACAGAGUUUAUUAGAACUAGGUAUUCGAAGAAUUGCAGUAACUGGGCUUCCACCACUGGGCUGCUUGCCAUUCGUCAUCACCCUCAAUUCACACGCUUUUGCAGAACAAGGAUGUAUAGAAAGCUACUUGACAGUAGCAAGAGACUUCAAUUUGAGGCUCCAAGCUAUGUUGGCAUCCAUGCAAAUGACUAGUGUUGGAUUCUCUGGGAGUAGAAUCGUGUACGCAGGCAUAUACCAACCAUUAAUUGACAUGAUCCAAAAUUACAAAAGCUUCGGUUUUGAGGAAUGGAGGAAAGGAUGUUGUGGUACGGGGCUAAUUGAAGCAUCGUUUUUGUGCAAUACCAAAACUUUGGUUUGCCCUGACGCAUCCAAAUACAUAUUUUGGGAUUCUGUUCAUCCAACUGAGAGGACAUAUUACUAUAUGUCAACCAGAAUGCAUGAUACCAUAGAUCGCCUUCUAAGAGAUUAACAUUGCUUAUAUUGUCUCUCAAGAUUUUUCUAUCAUGGAUAUGAUGGAAGCUACCAAAUGAAGAUUGAUGCAAGAUUAGACUAUAUUUUCAUGACAAGAAUAGUUGAAACAAAAAGGAAAGAAUAUUUAUCAUUAAGAAAAUCAUCAAUAAGGCUUAGUUUGAAAAC